AUGUCAUUACUUGCAUUUUAUACAACUUCAUUGAAAAAACAUCCAAGAAUAACAAAUUCUUUAACAACUGGGUUUUUAUUUGGUACAGGUGAUGUACUUGCCCAAUUCAUUUCACCAGGUGAUGAUUAUGAUUAUAAAAGAACUUUAAGAGCUGCUUUUUAUGGUUCAGUGGUCUUUGCAUUCAUUGGUGAUAAAUGGUAUAAAAUUCUUUCUAAAAUUAAAUUUCCUGGUCAACCUUUAGCAAAUCCAAGAUUAAAUAUGAUAAGGAAUGGUAUUACUAAAACUUCAAUUGAUCAAUUAGGUUUUGCACCUUUAGGUAUACCAUUAUAUUAUUCUAUAAUGACAUUAUUAGAAAAUAAGAAAUUUGAAGAAGUUCAAAUUAAAUUAAAAGAAAAUUGGUUACCAACUUUAAAAGUUAAUUGGAUGAUUUGGCCAAUUUUUCAAAUUUUUAAUUUAAGUAUAAUUCCUGUUCAACAUCAGUUAAUGGCUGUUAAUAUCCUUUCUAUUUUUUGGAAUAGUUAUCUUUCUUUAAGAAAUGCUAAAAAAGGUGAAGAUUUACCUGUUCAUUCACCUCCUGUUCCUGAGUAA